AUGCGCGACUCGGCCGCAUACCAGACGGUGUUGCAGUCUCCAGUCGACUUGCAUUAUCUGGGCGUUUCGAGCCAUCCCAGUCAGCGUCAGCCACUAUGCCGCAACGCUGAAGGAUGGGGUCCUAUUAGCCCUUUUCGCUAUGACUUUACGCCCUGCUUCCUCGAUGUCUGGGUUGCUUCUGUCUCUGUCUUUGGUCUGAUCUUUGGAGCCGGUGCAGUUUACUACCUCUUGAAGAAAUGUAGUCCUCAACCCGUCAAGCAAGAUUGGCACUUCUAUACAAAGAUGUCCGUCCUUGUUGCUCUUUGCGUCGCCACCAUCCUCCAAGCUGUCUUUCAGGUCAUCAACUUUGGCAGUGCCUGGGCGGGCGAUUUCCGCUUCUGGACCACCGUCUUGAAUCUCGUCUCCAUCGCCGUCAUCUUCUACAUCCAGUACAUUGAACAUUGGCGCUCCCGUCAGGCCAAUGGAGUCGUUCUGGUCUUCUGGCUGUUGCUCCUCAUCGCAUACGCCGUCAAAAUGCGUUCUCUAGUCUCGCAGCAACUAUACCGCACCGAACUCCCUUACUUCGUCACCUUCGCCGUUAGUGUCGCCUUGGCUGCUCUCGAGUUCGGUCUCGAGUGGCUUGUCCCCAAACGUCUAAGUGACUACGAUGCUCUUGGAGAUGAAGAUGAAUGCCCUAUGGAGUAUGCCAACAUCUUCUCCAUUCUGACUUUCGCCUGGAUGACUCCCAUGAUGAAAUAUGGCUACAAGAAUUUCUUGACUCAGGACGAGUUAUGGAACCUUCGCAAGAGAGACACAACUGCUGCAACCACUCAGGCCUUCAAUGAUGCUUGGGAGCAAGAGCUGGAAAAGAAGAAGCCAAGCCUUUGGAUUGCCCUGGCUCGAGGCUUUGGUGGUCCAUACGUUCGUGGUGCAAUGAUCAAGACCAUCUCUGAUGUCCUGGCCUUUGUUCAGCCACAACUUUUGCGUCUUCUCAUCUCGUUCGUUGAUUCCUAUCGCACCGACAACCCUCAGCCUCCUAUCCGUGGAGCCGCUAUCGCUCUUUCUAUGUUUGCUGUAUCAGUCUCUCAAACGCUUGCCCUGCAUCAGUACUUCCAGAGAGCCUUUGAGACUGGCAUGCGUAUUCGUUCAUCGUUGACCGCCGCAAUCUAUCACAAGUCAAUGCGCCUCUCUAACGAAGGCAGAUCAUCAAAGUCUACGGGAGAUAUUGUCAACUACAUGGCUGUCGAUACCCAGCGUCUGCAAGAUCUUGCGCAGUAUGGUAUGCAGCUGUGGUCUGCACCUUUCCAAAUCACACUGUGUAUGAUCUCGCUCUACCAACUUGUAGGAUUGAGCAUGUUCGCUGGUGUUGGUGCAAUGAUUGCAAUGAUUCCGAUCAAUGGUGUGAUUGCACGUAUCUCCAAGAACUUGCAAAAGAAGCAGAUGAAAAACAAGGACUCGAGAACGCGUUUAAUGACCGAAAUCUUGAGCAACAUGAAGUCAAUCAAGCUCUACGCCUGGACUACUGCCUUUAUGAACAAGCUGAACUACAUUCGUAACGACCUGGAACUGAACACUCUUCGAAAAAUUGGUGCAUCCAUGGCUCUGGCCAAUUUCACCUGGUCAACUACUCCUUUCUUCGUAUCUUGUUCGACAUUUGCGGUCUUCGUCCUUACUGGCAACAAAGCACUUACAACCGAUAUUGUAUUCCCUGCAUUGACACUAUUCAACCUCCUCACAUUCCCCCUGGCUAUCUUGCCCAUGGUGAUCACUUCCAUCAUCGAAGCAAGUGUCGCUGUCAACCGUCUGACAGACUUCUUUGUCGCACCCGAGUUGCAACGUGACGCUGUGCUCAAGUAUGAGGCGGUUAGUGAACGCGGAGAGGAAGCCGUUCGCAUCAGGGAUGCAACAUUCACUUGGAACAGCAAUGAUUCUCGCAAUGCUCUUGAGAACAUCUCCUUCUCUGCCCACAAGGGUGAGCUUUCUUGUGUUGUUGGUCGUGUUGGUGCCGGAAAGUCUUCCUUCCUACAAACCCUCCUGGGCGAUCUCUACAAAAUCAAGGGUGAGGUUGUUUUGCGUGGAAAGGUGGCUUACGUUGCUCAAUCUCCGUGGGUCAUGAAUGCCAGCGUUAGGGAAAACAUUGUUUUCGGUUAUCGUUGGGAUCCCCAAUUUUAUGAAAAGACUGUUCAUGCUUGCGCUUUGAAGGAAGAUUUCGCAUCGUUGCCAGAUGGCGAUCAAACCGAGGUUGGCGAGCGUGGCAUUUCCUUGUCUGGUGGGCAGAAGGCUCGUCUGACACUAGCCCGAGCUGUCUAUGCUAGAGCAGAUGUUUACCUUCUUGACGAUGUUCUGUCGGCUGUUGAUCAGCAUGUUGGAAGACAUUUGAUUGACAAUGUCCUUGGUCCCAAUGGUCUUCUCAGUGGAAGAACGAGAAUUUUGGCUACAAACUCUCUACCCGUCUUGAUGGAGGCCAACUAUAUCGUUCUCCUACGUGAAGGUCGCAUCUUGGAACGUGGUACUUACGAACAACUCAUGGCUAUGAAGGGAGAGAUUUCUCAACUCAUCAAGACUGCUAGCAACGAAGAAUCUCAAAGCGAAUCUCAGAGCGAGACACCAGACAGCGAUGACUCGGCCACUGUCUUUGAAACCGAUCCCAAUUCCGCACAGGGCGAACUUGAGACCACGCAGGCUGAAGAAGGCGAGACUCAACUUGCUCCCAUCAACACUGGUGGCGGUCGCCCAGCUCGCAGAGCAAGCGGUGUUUCCUUACGUCGUGCAAGUACUGCAAGCUUUGCUGGGCCUCGGGGUAAGCUCACGGACGAGGAAGGUACUGCCGGUCUCAAAAGCAAGCAGAAUAAAGAAUUCUCUGAGCAGGGUAAGGUCAAGUGGUCUGUCUAUUCGGAAUAUGCCAAGACUAGUAACCUGGUUGCUGUCGCCAUUUACCUCAUCACCCUGGUCGGAGCUCAGACCGCUCAGAUUGGUGGCAGUGUUUGGCUCAAGAAUUGGUCCGAGAUCAACGGCAGAUAUGGCGGUAAUCCUCAUGUAGGAAAGUACAUCGGCAUUUACUUUGCCUUUGGUAUUGGUUCCGCUGCCCUGGUCGUUGUACAGACCCUCAUCUUGUGGAUCUUCUGCUCAAUCGAGGCCUCGCGUAAACUUCACGAACGAAUGGCCUAUGCUAUCUUCAGAUCACCUAUGACCUUCUUUGAAACUACCCCCGCCGGACGCAUUCUUAACCGCUUUUCAAGUGACAUUUACCGUAUCGAUGAGGUCUUGGCUCGUACUUUCAACAUGCUCUUUGUCAACUCGGCACGAGCUCUCUUCACUCUGGUCGUCAUCUCAACGUCGACACCAGCCUUCAUCGCACUGAUUGUGCCAUUGGGUGGUGUCUACCUCUAUAUCCAAAGGUACUACCUCAGAACUUCACGUGAACUCAAGCGUCUGGACAGUAUCAGCCGCAGUCCUGUAUAUGCUCAUUUCCAGGAAUCUCUGAGUGGUAUCAGCACCAUUCGCGCUUACCAGCAAAGCAAGCGCUUCGCCAUGGAGAACGAAUGGCGUGUUGAUGCAAAUCUCAGAGCAUACUUCCCAUCCAUCAAUGCCAACCGCUGGUUGGCAGUUCGACUUGAAUUCAUCGGCUCUGUCAUCAUCCUUGCUGCCGCUGGUUUCGCCAUCAUCUCUGUUUCAACUGGAAGCAAUCUAUCUGCCGGCAUUGUCGGUCUAGCCAUGUCCUAUGCCUUGCAGAUCACCCAAUCACUCAACUGGAUUGUGCGUCAAACAGUAGAGGUGGAAACCAACAUUGUUUCGGUUGAGCGCGUCUUGGAGUACGCACGUCUCCCCAGUGAAGCUCCUGAGAUUAUCUCAAAGCACAGACCGCCAGUGAGCUGGCCUUCCAAGGGCGCAGUCUCUUUCAACAACUACAGCACCAGAUAUCGCGAGGGGCUGGACUUGGUUCUGAAAAAUGUCAACCUCAGCAUCAAGUCGCACGAAAAGAUUGGUGUUGUGGGCCGAACAGGUGCCGGCAAGAGUUCCUUGACACUCGCCCUGUUCCGCAUCAUAGAGCCUACUGAAGGUGAUAUAACCAUAGAUGAUUUGAGCACUAGCUCCAUUGGAUUGUUGGAUCUGAGAAGAAGGCUUGCUAUUAUUCCACAAGAUGCUGCUCUCUUUGAGGGCACUAUUCGCGACAAUUUGGAUCCAGGGCAUGUUCAUGACGACACUGAACUCUGGAGCGCUCUAGAUCAUGCGCGCCUGAGGGAUCAUGUGUCAAGCAUGUCUGGAGGACUUGACGCCCAGGUUCAUGAAGGUGGUUCUAAUCUGAGUCAAGGUCAGCGUCAACUGGUAUCUUUGGCGCGUGCAUUGUUAACGCCGAGCAACAUCUUGGUGCUUGAUGAAGCAACCGCCGCUGUUGAUGUGGAGACGGAUGCAUUGCUGCAAACCACUCUCAGAAGCAACAUGUUCAAAGAUCGGACGAUCAUUACAAUCGCCCACCGCAUCAACACAAUUCUUGACAGUGACCGCAUUGUGGUACUUGACCACGGGCGUGUGGCCGAAUUCGAUACGCCUUCCGAACUGGUAAAGAAGAAGGGUCUGUUCUACGAGUUGGUGCGGGAGGCUGGUCUUCUUGGAAGCGUCGACAUCAGCAUUGCAGCAGAAUAG